GCGGGGCCGCGUGCCUCCGGGCCGGGCCGGCAAUUCAUUCAAAAGGCGCGCAGGUUGCGCUGCCUCUUGUGCGCUAUCCCAGCUGGCCCCGGGGGCGGCGUCGGACGUAGGGCCAACCUGGAACUGCGGCGUCCAGGCCAGUGAUCACUCUGGGGCCUGAUGAUGAAGCUACUGUGCUGGCCCCUGUCCUGCCUCUUUUCGCUGCUGUCGUGGGCUUUGGCUACUCCAACAUCAAGGACUCUUUGGCAGUGCCCACCUGGGGAGGAGCCUGAGCUGGACCCGGGCCAGGGCACACCAUGCAGGUCCUGCCCUGUGGGCACCUUCUCAGCCUCCUGGGACUCCAGUCCAUGCCAGCCCCAUGACCACUGCAGCCUUCGAAGGCGGCUGGAGGUCCAAGCAGGCACCGCAACUCAAGAUACUUUAUGUGGAGGCUGCCAGCCUGGAUGGUUUGAGCCUGAGGGGGUCCCCAGUGUUCCAUGUCAACCAUGUUCCUGGGCACAUCUGAGUACUCAUAGCUGUGAUGAGUGGGGGCGGCGGGCCCGACGUGGUGUGGAGAUGGCUGCAGGAGGUGGUAGUGGCAGUGGCAGUGAGACAAGGCAGCCGGGAAAUGGCACCCGAGCAGGUGGCCCCGAAGAGACGGCUACCCAGUACGCAGUGAUUGCCAUCGUGCCUGUCUUCUGCCUCAUGGGGCUGCUGGGUAUCUUGGUGUGCAACCUGCUCAAGCGGAAGGGCUACCACUGCACGGCCCACAAGGAGGUUGGGCCCACCCCAGGCAGUGGAAGCAGUGGGAUCAACCCUGCUUACAGAACUGAUGACACCAACGAGGACACUAUUGGCGUCCUGGUGCGCCUGAUCACAGAGAAGAAGGAGAAUGCAGCAGCCUUGGAGGAGCUGCUGAAAGAAUACCACAGCAAACAGCUGGUGCAGACGAGCCACAGGCCUGUGCCCAGGCUGCCACCGGUCUCCCCCAGUGUGCCACACAUCUGCCCACAUCGCCACCACCUCCACACUGUGCAGGGCUUGGCCUCACUCUCUGGCCCCUGUUGCUCCCGAUGUAGCCAGAAGAAGUGGCCUGAGGUGCUGCUGUCCCCCGAGGCUGCGGCUGCCUCCACUCCAGCUCCCAGCCUCCUGCCCAACCUGACUAGAGCUCCCAAGGCUGGGGCCAAGGCAGGACGUCAGGGCGAGAUCACCAUCUUGUCUGUGGGCAGGUUCCGUGUGGCUCGAAUUCCUGAGCAAAGGUCAAGUUCAGUGGCACCUGAAGUGAAGACCAUCACAGAGGCUGGGCCUUCUGUAGGUGAUCUCCCUGACUCCCCACGACCUGGACUCCUGCCUGAGCAGCGGGCACUGCUGGGAAGUGCUGAAAACCACACUAAGUGGCUGAAGCCCCCAUCAGAGAACAAGGUCGAGGAGAACCGCUAUGUGGUCCGUCUCAGUGAAAGCAACCUGGUCAUCUGAGGGGCUGUCUCCCCAAGACUUCCUGGAGGAGGCAGAGCUGCAGCUGGGACCGCGAGGACCAAGAAGGAAUGACCAACAGACACAACAGCAAGUCACAGCCUGGCGGUGGGACCGUCCGCCCCAGUGAGGCAGCAGGCAGUCAGUGGGCGCCGUGUGCAGAUCAAGAGCCUUGUCCCUGUCCCUGUUGCUCUAGUCCCUCACCUGCAGGAUGCCCCAACCCUGUGCCUGCUCUGGCCACAUCCUAUGAGCCCACUGUACCGCCAGGUAUCAAGGCUCGGUGAAAGAGUGGCACCUGUACCUGGUGCCCCAGCACCCCCACCUCCACCCCGUCCAGGGCCCUAGAGCAGAUGUGCCUCCCUCUCUUCUUCCAGCAGGUCCUGUGAAGGGAAGGGACAACAAAAAGCCCUGGGCUAGGAGGCCGAGUUCCUGGGUUCUAAUCCUGGGCAUGUCCCUGGCCAUCACUGAGCCCUUGAUUAUGAAGUUGGGAGGGAACAUCUGAGGACCCAGGGCUCCUUGCAGGUUCUGGGCUGGGUCCUGUUGGGGGAGUGCUUGACUCUGCCACCCCUCCCAUUGUAGCUUAAUCUGGCACAUUUUUGCUGCUUUCUGCCUUCAAGGCCCCCGUGGGGCUGUCCAUCCAUGGCUCUGCCUACAGGUGGGGCUGAAUGCAUGUGCCUGCCCCCACCUGCUGUUUUUAACGGAACUGAAAAACGGACUUAAUUCGGGCUAGGCUGUGGCAGAACCCUGCCUGCCCUGCUCCCCCAAGGUCCCUGGAGCUUCUGGGAGAGGAGCGCUGGUGGGGCUGGUGCCUGCAGCCUCAGUGGUUUCCAUUACCCUGUGGCGCAGUGUCUGUCCCUGGGACCCUGGGUAAUGUAGGGGACUGCAGCCCACCCAUCUGUCUCCACUCUGCCUCAGCCACCUGGUUAUUUAUGUGGGGCCGUGCAGGCGCGGACCACUGCCCACCCCCAUUUAUUUAUUAAACAUACUGUUGUCCUGCCCUUGUGUCUCCAUCCAACUCCACCUUCAUCCACUUGUUGAAUAAUAAAGGGUGGGAAAAAUGGUAUCACGCGGAGUUCUUAUUACUGUGCCCCUUCACAAGCCCCAUCUGGUCAACGCGUACUUCCUGGGCCCUGCUCUGCCUGGCUGGGUGCUGCACAUGCUGCCCCUCCAUCCCCAGUGCCUGCUGCUCAGCAGUAGGGGACACCGGCCAGGGGAGGCCCCUCUCCCCACCUAGUUCCCACUGA